UUCAGACUCUUUUUCAUUCAUUCACUCACUCCCUCACUCUGUACCUUCUAUAUUUUCCUUUUAUAUAAAUCAGAGCCUUUAAGCAAAUCCAAUCUUCAACCAAAUUCUCACACUUUUUGUCUUCUCUUUUUUUUUUUCUUUCCUUAAUACAAAAAAUGGUUGCUACCCUUUCACUCAGGUAUUGUUAUGGUAUAAUCUUUGGUUGCACCUUUGCCCUUAACUUCUUAUACAUUCCCGUUUCUGCCCUCAACAUUGGAGCUCAAACCACUGGAGUCGCAGUCUCUGUGAGCAAAGAGUGUAGUAGGCAAUGUGAGUCAAGCUUUUGUUCAGUGCCACCAUUGUUGAGGUAUGGAAAGUACUGUGGACUAUUAUAUAGUGGAUGCCCUGGGGAGAGACCUUGUGAUGGACUUGAUGCUUGUUGCAUGAAGCAUGAUCAAUGUGUUCAAUUCAAAAACAAUGACUACCUAAGCCAAGAGUGCAGUCAAACAUUCAUAGACUGCAUGAACAAGUUUAAGGACACAAAUGCGCCAACAUUCAAAGGAAACACAUGCCAAGUUGAUGAUGUUAUUGAAGUUAUUCAUGUUGUCAUGGAAGCUGCUUUGUUGGCUGGAAGAGUUUUUCACAAGCCCUAGGUAACAGCAACUAGCAAGUAAACAAGAGACAUUCUCUGGUUUCUCUUAUUGUUUUUUGUUAUAUUUACAAAAUUAAUCCAACAGCGUUUAAAUAUAGUCAUUGGUUUCGUUUGAAGUAUGUUUGAUCACUUCUGUGAUCUCCUAACUAUCACGAAUUAUGUAAACUGCACACUGUAAACAGACAUUUCCAUUGGUCCUUCGUUCCCAAUGUGUUGUAUGAUAAGACCUUCAAAUUCUGAAUUCACAACUUUCAUCUGUGUUAGCUAA